AUGCUUCAACGCCGUUCUAUGUUGUUACAUACCGGAUUAAAAGUGAAGCAUAAAACAUUUCCCUCGGUCGCUUCUCAUUUUGCCACUGUCUCUCCUGAGGCUAUCCAUGUUGUCAUUGAGAGGAUAUCCCGCGGAGAUUAUAAAACCCCGUAUUCUGAAGAAGAGAAGUGGGCCUUGUCUUUGAUGAAUGAGGUGAGGGCUGUGACAUCCCAUGUAGCUGCUUCAUCCUCCUCCAAAGUCGGGAUGCGUAAUGAAAUCCGAGGUCUUAUGUUUGAGAAAGGCAUGCCCAGUUUCUACAUUACCAUCAACCCAGCCGACGUAUUUAAUCCUGUGGUU